AUGGCGGACCGGCGAAGACGAAGACGGCGCGCUUCUCAGGAUAGCGAGGACGACGACGAGUCAGUGUCCGGCUCGGAUAGCGUCAGGUCGGGUUCCUCCGGCGGAAAGAACCGGCCCAGAGCACCUGAACCCGUGGAGAGUCCGGCCAUCCGCCCUACCGCCAAAAGCGACCCGGAGUCUGAGUGUGAGAGUGAAGAUGGUGUAGGUGAAGCCGUACUCUCUGAUUAUGACAGCGCCGAGCCGGAGAACGGCUCGCAUUCGGAGGGAGGAGAGGAUGAUGAGGUCGAGGUGCCCGAACACUUCGCUGAUGAAGAUUCUGCACGCCCAGCAGCAGAGCAAAAAGCAGCAGCAGAUGGUCCUGCAAAAGAAAUAGGAGAGGAGAAUGAGGAGGUGGAGGUGGAGGUUGAGGAGGUGGAGGAGGAGGACGAAAGAGCAAUAAUAGAUGUGAAGGCAGAGCAGAAAGGCAACCUAGCAGGAGAGCGGCAGAGUGGAGAUGGCCAGGAAAGCACGGUCGAUCCCGAGAAUAAGUCAGCUGGUAAAGCCGGCCAGAAGCUGGACGAUGAUGAGGACAGAAAGAAUCCGGCCUACAUUCCUCGCAGGGGUCUGUUCUUUGAACAUGAUGUGAGAGGUCAGGCCCAGGAUGAGGAGAGACCUAAGGGCAGGCAUAGGAAGCUGUGGAAGGACGAGGGUCGUUGGGAGCAUGAUAAGUUCCGGGAGGAUGAGCAGGCACCUAAAUCUCGUGAGGAGCUCAUUGCUCUGUACGGUUAUGAUAUUCGCAACGGCGUCGGAAACAGAGAUUCCAGACCGUUCAAGCUGCGGAAACCCAGAUACACUGGUCCAUUAAACCAAGAGGGCAAGAGACAGUACAGAGACAAUGAGAAACCAGCUCGCUCCUCUUGGCAGGGUGCAGCUCCCAAUAUCCGGAGCGCCCCACCUGCUGCCGAGCCCCUGCAGUCAAAUGCAACAAGUGCCCCCCGCCCCCAAAACAGACCCCCUUCUCGCACCUUCCAGAACAGCCGCCGACCAGAAAUCAGGACUCACGGUAAAGUUACUCCCCGACCCCAAGCUCCAGAAAACGAGAGGGCGCCCAGGCUUAGAGCCCGAGGCCCUCACGGACCCUCUCAGCAUACUCGACGCAGCCCACAAGACGAUGAAGAAGAAGAAGAGGGUGAGAUUCCUGCCGUCACCACCACCUACACGGCUCACCACUACAAGACUGAGCGAGAGAUGACGAGCACGUUGCAGCAAAGGGAGGAAUCCGGAACCACGGAGGAGCAGCAGAUGGGUACACCCAGCACAGUCAUGGAUGCAUCGCCGCCUCCGGAGAAGCCAGUGGAGAAAAAGUCGUAUUCCCUGGCGCGCAGGAGCCGCGCCAGGCCCUCGGACCUCAGCAAGCAGGCCUCGCUAGAGGAGGCGGCGCUACCCUCACAGGGUAUGCCUGCCACUGCCAAGAGUGAAUCGUGGCAGGCUCAUGGCGACACGGGUACGGAGAGCGGCCUCUCAAGGCUUGAUCAAGGUUUGGCUCGACUAAGCCUGGCUGGGCAAAACUGGACCCAGAGUCCACCCUCGUAUCUGCGGCCUGAGAUGAGGGGCAUCCCUAGCUCAAUACAUAUGGGAGGUGCAGGCCCUCCUCAAUAUAGCAACAUGGAAGACAUGGGUGUUGGAGCCGGUCGGGCUAAGCGCUAUUCCUCCCAGAGGCAGAGGCCGGUUCCUGAACCAGCACCAAUGCAUAUAGGGCUGAUGGAGGGCCAUUAUUACGAACCCAUGUCGUUCCAGGGACCAAUUUACACACACGGCGACAAUUCUGCUGCCAUGCCACCACAGGGCCUACUGGUACAACCAGAGAUGCACCUUACCCACCCGACACACCCCGGCUUGCACCCCCACCAGUCAGGAGGCCCCUUACCUAACCCUGCGCUUUACGCUGCUCCGCCUGUCUCAAUCUCACCAGGCCAGCCACCCCCACAGCAACUGCUACCUCCCCCUUUCUACCCCCCACCAGGUGUCAUGACAUUCAGCAACACCAACUAUCCCUACCCUGCUGGAGCUACACUACCCCACAUGUACCCUAACCCACAGGCUCAGUCACAGGUGUAUGGUGGAGUGACGUAUUUUGACACGGUACAACAACAGGCUCAGCCGAAACCCUCACCACCGCGGCGCACCUCGCAGCCGGUCACAGUAAAACCCCCUCCUCCAGAGGACCAGAAUAGGAAGCAGAGUGAGGAGGUGCGUUCCUAGCUGCUGCUAAAAGAAGUGACGGCUGCAUCGCUGACUUCCAGGACCAGCACCACUCGUGGAUGAAUUGAUGUUUUAUUUUUGCUUUUAUUUGCCUUUUUUGUCGCUUUUUUUUAUCUUAAUACUUUUAAUCAUUUCAUCAGCCAUGUCCGCGGAUAAUUUCUCAAGAGCGUCGGUUAACUCGCCCUAAUGUGUAUAUGCUGUGUUAUCACUAUCUCAUAAUCAGACAUAUUUAUCUUUGGUUAAGGCACGGUGUAAAGCGGGAGGUUUACUGCAGGGAAUAUUGAAUAUGAUUAGAUAUCAUAAUAAUUCAAGCCGUUGUUUUAGAUCGGAAAGGCAUUGACGGGGUGAGAGUUAGUGCAGCCUGAAUAUACUGUAGGAUGAAACAUGUUCAGGAUUGUUGAGUUCUGCCUGUUUUUUUGGCUUUGCCAGAUGUGUAUUAUUCCUAAUGAAGAAUUGAACCUGCAUGAUCACACUUUCCGCCACCUUUAAGUUUUCCAUAAAUGCGAUGCGAAAGCCGAACUGUUAGUACGUUCAGAAAGCAAAAAGUUCAACUAGUUAUACAUGAUGCUUUUUUCAAGUAUGUAUUUAAAAUAUAAUUUGCUGAAUUUAGAUAUACGGAUAUUGCAUGUAGCGUCUUUAAUAGCAUUCACGUUCAGCAUUAGAGGGCAAAUUGUUGGGCCUGGCAGUCUAUGCAUUUCAUUUCCUGCACCCCUUUUCCUCUUUAUAUGUGUACUGGUAAGGAAGUAAGGCAAUACACUGAUCAGCCAUAACAUUAAAACCACCUCCUUGUUUCUACACACACUGUCAUUUCAUCAGCUCCACUUGUAGUUCUACAAUUACUGACUGUAGUCCAGCUGUUUCUCUACAUACGUUUAAGACCCCCACAGAGCAGGUAUUAUUUGGGUGGUGGAUCAUUAGUGUGUGUUGUGCUGGUAUGAGUGGAUCAGACACAGCAGCUCUGCUGGAGUUUUUAAAUACCGUGUCCACUCACUGUCCACUCUAUUAGACACUGUAAAGUCGGAGACGAUCGCCCAUCUAUUGCUGUUUGAGUUGGUCAUCUUCUAGACCUUCAUCAGUGGUCACAGGACGCUGCCCACGGGGCGCUGUUGUCUGGAUAUUUUUGGUUGGUGGACUAUUCUCAGUCCAGCACUGACAGUGAGGUGUUUAAAACUCCAUCAGCAUUGCUGUGUCUUAUCCACUCAUACCAGCACCAUGUCAGUGUCACUGCAGUGCUGAGAAUGAUCCACCACCCAAAUGAUACCUACUCUGUAGUGGUCCUGGGAGAGUCCUGACCAUUGAAGAACAUGGUGAAAGGGGGGUAACAAAGCAUGCAGAUAAACAGAUGGACUACAGUCAGUAAUUGUAGAUAUACAAAGUGCUCCUAUAUGGUAAGUGGAGCUGAUAAAGUGGACAGUGAGUGUAGAAACAAGGAGGUGGUUUUAAUGUUAUGGCUGAUCAGUGUAUGUUUUCGGGCUUUAGACAUUCUGGCAACCCAGCUGAGUGCAAAUGGAGCCACAGAUCUAAAUAGAUUUUUUUUGGGGUGUAGAAUAAAGCACACAGAAAUACAUCACCAUGCACCUUUAACUUCGUAUUAAGUUGUGUCUAACUUUUGAAUUAGCAUUUAUUUUAAUGAUUUUAAAAGGAAUAGUCAUACCCUUUUUAUUUUCAAGUUCUGUAAAUUCUUUGUAUGGUGCUAGACUCGUGUACGGAGAGACGAACCCUCUGACGAACUUCGUAUCCUUAGCGACGUACUGUGUUAAAACGAUACUGUAAUACCAGACAGCACCUUUAAAUUUGCCUGAAACUGAAUUACUUGACAGUGCUACUGCUCGAUUAUAGCUUUCUAGUGUAGAUGUAUGUAAUAAAGUAAAAAUGUACUAAUAAUAAAGCCUGUGAUAUUAUAAGCGGUCAUACUAUAUAUAUAUAUAACUCUUAGUAAAAUACUGUCACAGUAAACGAAGCAGGGAUUACAAGCCUGUCUUUCAUUAUAGUUAAUAAUAUAACCGAGUUAACUUGCAAUUAUCAGUUGGUCGCGAUUUGUGUUUUUUCGAUUGUUGUUUCGUCCUUUUAGAGCUCUGUACAGGCUUGCAUGAGCACACAGCGACAUUAAUUCAAAAGAAAAGCAGUUCUAGCUGGGCGCCGGGGGCUACAAGGCUAUUCCCACGUGUCCUUUAAAUGGUUCCCUUUAUCAUUCGCUCCCGAUGGUCUGCCAGUAUAACGGAAAUCCCUCUCUCUCUCUCUCUCUCUCUCUCUCUCUCUCUCUGUUAUCAGUGUUUCAACGUGGCUCAAGGUGGUAAUUCGUUCCUUUCUAUGCCUUAAAAAUUGGUUUAACAUAUCUGUCCUGAUUGACUAGACCUGUCAGCACUGUGAGGGGCAUGUAUGUUUCAUAGGUGUUUAAAUAUAUUAAAGUGUUAAUUUUUUCGUGCAAGAAUUUUGUCAAGAGAAAUAUUAAACCAGACUCAUGGAA